AUGGCUCUUGUAUUGAGGAAGCCAAAUGCUUAUUCAAAGAUAGACAAGGAAGACCCGGAAGAGAGAAACCGUAGAAGGGCACAGUUCUUGAUCUAUAAAGUAAUGGAGCAAGCGGAUUCGAUGUCUCGGAGGCGACCGUCGUAUCUUAGGAUCAGAAUAAGGAAGUUGAAGGUUAAGAUUGGGAAGAGGCUGACCAAGUUGAGGAAGAGCAUGUUGCUGAGCAUAUCAGCAGCUAAAGUUAGUGUCUGCAAACAAGUUUGUAGCCAAUUCAAGACUUGCAGGCGCUUGUUUGGAGGUGGAGAUAAUCAUAGUAGUGCUAACCUUGUCAAUACUCUACCAUCUCCUCUUUUUGUUUGA